CAGACUAAUGUGUCACCACUGUUGUGAUUUAAACAGUAAUUAUAAGAUUCAGGAUGGCUUCAGGUUUUGUGUUUCAGAUUGAGAAUUUACUUUUCUUGUUGUGGAUAUUAAAUAUUGAUAGUUCUGUAGGGUGCUACUUGAAAUUUCAACCAGAGAUUAAGAUAUUGACAGAAAACCUGGGGUUUCCGGUGUACCUAGGAGGUGUACCUUGGAUUGUGUCGUUCGAGCCUGGCUAGGUUAAACAGACAAAUGUAAAGUCAGGAGUUCCUGGGAGUAGUAGACCGAACCUGCUGCAGCUGCUGUACAGUAAAUUGGGAUGAAGAAAUGUGUAGGAAGGGAUUUUUGUGUAAUUGUGGACAUAACUUCAUAUCCCGCAAUUGAUUAAACAAAAGUGAAUGAAUAUUGCGAUAAAAAGUGGAUGUGUUAUCGUUGAUGUUACAACCAAUUACCAUGGAGACUUCUCACGAUCGCUGAUGGAUUGAUACGAAGUGGAGUGAACUGCGGGCUAUAAAGGGCAACAACUCUAGAUCGUGUGAAAACUCAAAAUUGGGAAUGCUAUUCUGAUGCAACACAUUGAAGGAUUAACCUCCGUACAAAGGAUUUAUUCAUAAUCUUCAUUUUUAAACAACUUUGUGUGUGCCAUCUGAAAUAUUAUUGAUGAUGUGAAAUUUCCGUUUUCCUGGAUUAAAAUACAGAUUCAGCCUAAAUGUGGGAUAAGAUUUUAUAAAGAAAUAUUUUUGCCGAGUUCUGAUAUUCUUUCCUUGGAGUUAGACUGAAGUGGGUGACGACGCAAUGUUACUGUGUUUUCCGAGGACGUUGGAUUUAUGAUAUAUAUGUAGUGAAAUUUGAGGACAUGGGCACAAGCUUUGUUUAUCUGGUAUUGAUAUUUGUAUUGGGAAUAUCAGUGGCAGACAAACCAACUCGCCCACCAGAAUUAAAGGACAGUAAGCCAAUUAAUGACUUGAAGGUGUAUGAAGGCGAUAAAGCGAGGCUACGAUGUGUGGUGAAGGGACAUCCACGACCCUGGAUUGCCUGGACCAAAAACAACCAGAGCCUCACUCCAAAACAGGACCCUAGGUACAAAAUCAAUAGAAAUGCACUUGUCAUAGACAAAGUUCACCGCAACGAUACCGCAGUCUUUUCCUGCUUCGCAUGGAACGAACUCGGCAACAUCUCAACCACUUUUACGCUAACGGUUAUCACAGAGGAAGAAGAAGAGCCAGUGGAACAGUCGUAUGCCAUCUCCAAAUGUAACAAGAAAGAAGAAGGGGCACCAAUAUGGAAGACGAGCAAAGAGAAUUCUCGUUGGAUCGCACGUCCCGCGCGUGCCCCAGUAGAACUGAAAUGUCAGGCGUGUGGAAACCCCAUCCCCAACAUCACCUGGUACAAGAACAGUCAAAUCAUAGACUCAAGCGUAAAGGAGGGCAAGUACCAAGUGGACGGCUACAAGCUGAAGAUGACCGACUUGACCACCGAGGACAAUGGCAACUACACCUGCAUGAUCCAGAACAGAUAUGGCAAACUUAUGUGGAUGUACAUGCUUGAAGUCAUAGACCGGAAUGUACAGAAGCCCGAUGUGGAAGGUCCGGUAAACACAACAGCUUACAUUGGUGAAAAUGUCAAACUCCACUGUAAGGUUAAAAGUGACAUCCAGGCGCAUAUACAGUGGGUCAAACACUACCAGAUCAAUGGAACGUACCGAAAACCAGACGGCACCCCGUAUGUCCAUGUCAUACAGGGUCGUAGGCAAUCGACAUACAACAUGACUAACCCCGAAAUACUAGAAAUUAUCAACGUGUCACGGUCCGACACAGGCUGGUACACGUGUCUUGUCUCCAACUUCGCUGGAAGGCGGUUUGGAAGUGCAUGGCUGACAGUAGAAGAUGUACCUGGGAAUGAAAGUCUUUCAAACAUGAGGCAUGCACAAGAGGCGCCCCGAAGUUCAGCAAAAGAGUACACUAUUAUCGCUGUUGUUUCUGUGUUCUGCUUCGUCUUCAUCAUCGUCAUCAUCCUUCUCAUCGUCGUCUGUCGUCGCAAGUACAAUUCACGCGGGAAAUAUGGCUGUGUGAAACGAGUUAUUGUUCUGAAAGCUAAUGAGAUCUACUAUCCGGACAAGGCCUCAUUAGAAGGACAACCCCUAGUUAUUCCUCAGGUUCGCAUCGAGAACUCAAAUAGGCGUCGGCGUCUCUCAUCCGACCUUACCUGUAUGUUCGAGUAUGACCUGCCGCUGGACAGCAAGUGGGAGUUUAACCGUGACAGAUUGACGUUGGGUAAACCUCUUGGGGAAGGAGCCUUUGGUCUAGUGAUGAGGGCUGAAGCCAUGGGCCUCAAGUCUUCUCCUCUGACGUCCACCGUGGUUGCUGUCAAAAUGUUAAAAGAGGAUGCUACAGAUCGAGAGCUAACAGAUCUGAUGACGGAGAUGGAAAUGAUGAAGCUAAUCGGCAGCCAUAAAAAUAUCAUCAACCUACUUGGAUGUUGUUCACAAAACGGUCCCCUAUAUGUAGUGGUGGAGUAUGCUCCACACGGGAACCUCCGCGACUUCCUGCGGUCGCGAAGACCUCCAAGCUCAGGUUAUGAGAAACCAAAUUUGGACAGUGACGACCGAGCUCUCACAGAAAAAGACCUAAUAUGUUUUGCCUACCAGAUAGCCAGAGGCAUGGAAUAUCUUGCUUCCCGACAGUGUAUCCACAGAGAUUUAGCGGCCAGAAACGUUUUAGUGUCAGAAGACUACGUUCUGAAGAUUGCCGACUUUGGUCUUACAAGAAAUAUUACCAAUGUGGAUUACUAUAGAAAAACAGGAGACGGUCGUCUGCCUGUGAAAUGGAUGGCUCCAGAGGCCCUGUUUGACCGCAAAUAUACUUCCAAGAGUGAUGUGUGGUCAUACGGCAUUUUACUGUGGGAGAUUUUUACGCUGGGUGGUAACCCCUACCCCUCGGUGCCUGUGGAACGUCUAUUUGAACUGCUGAGGGAGGGACAUCGCAUGGAGAAGCCACCCUACGCAUCUAUGGAAAUGUUUGAUAUGAUGAGCGAGUGUUGGGAACAUAAUCCCAUUCGCCGACCAUCAUUUAGUAUGCUUGUCAAGGAACUGGACAAGGUCCUUACUGUUCGUGCUAGAGAGUUCCAGGAGUACCUAGAUUUGGAACCAGUCGAGAGUAGCCGGAGUUCAGACUGUCGGACGUCAGACAGCCAGUAUUCUUCCAUGUCUCGGAGCUGUAGUAGCGUGGACGAGAGUGAAAUCACGAGUACAAGUAGUAGUUGUAACGACUCUGAAACAGACUGUGUGUAGUGACAUACUGGGAUCACAACCAUGGCAACAGUUGUCUAGUGUGUGAUCAACAACACCAAAUAAGGAAUGAUCAAAAGUGUGCUAAGAGACACCAGAAUAAUUCUAAAUGACGUGGACUUAGGAGUCAAUUCGUUGCUAGAGUUAUAUUUUUUCUUGUGUGAGUGUUACAAGUCGUGGUCAAGGCAGCAGAGCGGGGCAUCGGCUGUAUUGAAGUGAUUCGCACAAAACAGGACGGAGUAGGGAGCACAUGUCACUUACAGUGUAUCAACGGGUGAGAGUUGCGUGAUAAUGUGUGGGUACGUGUGUGUGUGUAUGUAGCUGUAGGUGGCACAUGGGCAAGACAUUAUACCUAUCUAUGCAAACAGUGUGCCAAGCGUCGGGUGGUCAGGAAGAUUUCCCCGCAGAUGUUUCAUUUAUUUCUCAAGGACGAGAUGUGUUUUUACUGUCUAUAACUGUGCUCGUACGAUUUUGCCUACGUUUCGGGAGUUCUGAGAUGUGAAUAUUUUUUUAUUGAACAACCAGACAAGGAAAGAAAGGACAGACACAACACUGACUUGCAAAGUGAUUGCACCGUUGAGGAGCAAGUGCAGAAAUGUAACGGAGAUGGACAAAACGUAACGAUUCAAGUAAUUGUUAUAAACAGGAUACAGUGUUUGUUAAAUGGUUUUAGCCGCGUGCUACACUCUCUCUGCAACACUCUCUCUGCAACGUUGAUUCAUCAAGACACAUGGGGAAACGUGGUGUGAAUAUUUGUCUCAUUAACAUUUGAGGUCCCGUUAGUGUCGGUGGUCUCGCAGUGACAAAGACGGGGGUCAAACCUUGUCAAACUAGGACACUUACCUAUGUUAUAAUAUCGUUAAAUGCCAGGACUCGAACAUUGUAUAGUUAAUAUGUUGUGAAAUCCAGCCAGUAUGUCCAGGACUUCGUUUUUAUUAUUUUCAAACUUGAGACGCAACUUGUGACUUGUGUCUUGUGUUGUAAUCAACGAUCAUCCACAAUGAAAUGUUUUGUAUGCGAAACUGUUGUUUAUAAGACAACGGAACAUAACUGACGCACACGUUGUAAGAGUAAGGAAGCCAGCAUUACGCACCACCAAUUAACAGUUUGUUGUAAUGUUAUCAUGUUUACAGUUUGUUGAUGGGUUGGGAAAAUUAAUAGCUGCAGUUACUUAAUAUUGUCAGUUGACAAAAAAGAGACAUUGUACUACAAUCAAAUCAUUCGACAAACAGGUCCCUAUAGUGAUUUAUUAUAAGGUUAACUAAAUUCAUGCGAUUUCACAUUGUCUGCACAUAGGAGAUAUAAUUUUGUUUCACUUUUGUUCCCUGUGUAGGGACCUAUCCAGGCCUACCUGACAUUUUGGUCUUUUAAACUAUGUUGUAGGAUUAAUUUUCAGUUGUAAGCAAUAUGUCAUCUUAAAGUGUAAGAUUUUCUAUCCACAGUUGUCUAGUAGUACCAAAUGAAAGCUGAUUAAGUAUAAAAAAUUAAAUGCUAUAACUAUUCUCUUGAUUUCAUCUUGGUGCUGUGAUGUCAGAGAGAAUCUCGAUGGCUAAGGGCCUGAUCUUUGAUGAAGUAGAUAAAAGUCACUAAGUUUUUUAUAAAUUAUGUCUCUUUAUUAUAGGAUAUAAGGGUCAUUCCAGGGAAUACUGUGAAGGGGCCAUAUCUACGGCAAAAAAACAUGUCCAAGAAUACAAAAGUGAAAUCAUUGUAGGAUUUAGCAUGAUUUGGGAGGGAUGUGACAAUAUUUUAUUAUAUGUGCGUUAACUUCAGAUCAUCGAUUGUACUGUGCCGUCUGUGGUGAAUUCACCGUCUAAAAUCAAUAAGUCAUCAGCGCUAUGUAAAUACGAUAUUUAUGUAUAUUUGAGAUGUCCAAUGAAUGCUAUUUCUAAUAUUGCCAUGCCAAGAUACAUAUUGUGUUUCUGAUUAGGUAAUGAUCAAUAAUUAUUUUUGUCUUGGAAGGAAAAAGUCUGAUUUUGUUGUGUUUCUGUCCAAUUUAACGAAAUCUUUUUUGUUUUAUAUGAAAUUUUCUGAACAUUUUAAUAAAAUUGAAGCUGCUGGGAACUUCAGUGAACUGAGCCAGAAGUGAAUACUGUAUACACAGCCUUGUUUUUGCCGAGAAGUGUUACAACUACUGUGUAGGAAACCUGUCAUUGUUAAUACAGGCAUUUUGUUUGUCAGAUUUUUAUAUGCUUUUAGAAAAGGCUUAGAUAAGCCUUAGAUGUUUGAUUGGUAUUGAUUAACAUUAGUUACAAAUCAUGUCACAUAUUGAAAAACUGUUUUUUUGUCAGUUUUUAAUUGAGAAAUAAUUGUUGACCAAUGUUUUUUCGAACAAGAUUGAAAUAGGGAUUGACAUUCUUUUAAUUUAAUGAAUUUCUUACUGCCAAAAUAAUUAAUGAAUAAUCGUUUUAGACACAAAUCGAUUUUAUUGCCAGUGGUACUGGUUGAUAUUCCCCAAAGCAAUAUAGAGAUGUUCUAAAGAGUUUUUCUUCAAAGGGACAUAACUCUUGUCGCAGCCAGUAUAAUUUGUGUAUGGAAGCAGUGUUUUGGUAAUAUUUGGUGCCAAGUUGUGUUCAUGUCAUUUUAUGAUUUUUAUAAAAAGAGCAGUUUUAUGUAAACAACUAAUUCUGCUAUAUUAUUGUAAUGGAAUUAAGUUUUAUGUAUUUUUUAUGAACGAGUAUAGUAUAGUUGGUAGUGAUUUUGGAAUGAUGAAGUCGAGAUAAAGUUUUGAUUUUUGAUUAUGAUUUUCAAUAAUUCUAAAACAUUGUUACUUAUUACUUAUACUUCCUAUUAUUCUUCAGAACUGUUUUUUUAUUUUUCAUAAUCGAUUGACAAUCGAAUGUUACUAUAAACAGUUACUCACAGUACCUGAAUUUUAAUAGAUUCCCCAUUCUGCGUUUUGCUAUGCGAUUACUGUAGGUGAUUACCAAUAAUUUUAUAUUCUUUUGUACUAUCUUUUGUAAAAUUAUGUAUGUUUGAAAUAUAUACAAGUCUUCCUCUUAUAGAAUAUCACAUACCUAUAUCACAACAAACUAAACCGGCAAUCUCAUACAACGCGUGCAACAGAAAGGUUUUUGGUCAAGUCAACAACAUAUAUUUAAUCCAAUAUUUAAAGACAAAAAAAGAAAAAAUUGCUCACGGGAAAGAAAUCCAAGACCUCACAAUCAAAAUCAUAUAGAAUAUCCCAUCCUCAUAGGAAUCAUGUGACUAUGUUUAAAUAACUAGCUAUAUAUAGGUUUACACAUUAUCAGGUUGGUCGAAUCUCAAGACAGCUUUUAAAAACAAAUAUUCACAGCAAAUGAGGGUUUAUUUCUCAUGCAUGUCAUAGGGUUAGUUUUGAUAUAGGCAAUCAGCUAUUUUUGUAACGAUUAUUUUUUGUUUUUUUUUAUCUCCAGAUUGUGUUCACAUGAAAACUGCAAUAACGAAUAAAGUGUUCAUUCAGUUGCAUUUAAGCUCAUAACUGAAAUGAUAUUGCAUAUAUAGAAAAUAUAUCGCCUUUAAAACUCUAUCAAGUCAAUGUGUUCAAGUGGUUAACUUCAGACCUUUUUUUUAACUUUGUUUAUGUGAGUUACAUGUAAAACAUUAGGUAUCUUGUUAUGCUUUUUUAUAUAUAUAUGAAUUUCCAUUUGUUGUUAGUAUAUAUGCAGAUGGGAAUCUGCCUUGUUAUACUUUUAUCAGAGUAUGUGUGUGUACUACAUAUAAACAUGUACUGAAGUCUCUACCAAAGUGUUACAGAUGAUAGGCCUAGCAGUAAUUUACAUAGGUUAGAGGGCACCCAAUGAAUAUAGGCCAGAGGAUGGCAAAUAUACAUAGGUCAGAGGGCAUCCAAUGAACAAAGACCUGAGUGUAGCUAAUUAACAUAGGUCAGAGGGCAUCCAAUGAACAAAGAAUAGCCAAUGGAAUUUCUGGCAUUCAGUACUUUCCUUUGUUUUAAUGUUGUCUGAUGUCAAACGAAAUCUUUAUACACAAGAGAUUUUAGAAAAAAAUCAAAAUGGAACUAGUAUCUAUUUUAGGUGAAAAUAUUUAAGUGUAACAAGUGAAAGAUGAAUGAGCAUUUUCUGUUCAAACUUUGUAGUUAAAAAGGAUAAUAGCAACAACAACAACAACAACAAAAUGUGAACAUGCAGAAACUAGACAAAAAAUAUUAAUGGUAAUUUAAAUAAUAAAACGUAAUAUAAGUAGAUACAGAACCCCCUGUUAGUCUGUACUGGGUACAGAACCCCUGUUAGUCUGUACUGGGUACAGACCCCCUGUUAGUCUGUACUGGGUACAGAACCCCUGUUGGUCUGUACUGGGGCUCCUCUGUUACACUUUGGUAGACAUUUGUACAAUGUCAUCAACAGUAUUGCCAAAUUGUUUUGUCCCAAAUUCAUACACAAACCAUACAAUCACCAAAAAGCAUUUAUUGUCAUAUCAACAUCACAUCUUCAUCAACUAAUUACAUCCUGUUUGUCCUGUUUAAUAUUCAACAACUCGACAAAAAUAAUUCAGACAGUAAUUAUCAAACUGAAAGCAAAUUAAAAAUAUGCAAAAAAUAGGUUUCACUUAAAUGAAAACAGAUUGUUUUGAAUGGGAAGGGGGUUGAAACAUGAGACCAAAUCACUCAGUUAAUGCUCUGUAAUGGUUGAAAGUGAUCAAAAAUUGGUUAUUUAUAAGUGAUAUUAAAAACAAGGUUUGUAGUAAUGUUAAAAAAAAUGUUUCUCAGAAAUACUCCAUUAGAGAAAAUGUUCAUGAACAUCAAUGAUUUUAAUGUCCCCCAUUACUGCUUACAUAAAUGUUUGGAAUAGUUAAUUAAACAAUUUGACAGUUGUUGAAGAUUGGCCAUGAGGAAUGGGAUGUGAGACAUCUAUUUACUUGUCAGAGAUGUUGUUGGUAACAGUGAAACUCUGUAGAAAGUGUUGCAUUGUAUAUUAAUUGUACUUAGGGGAAAUAAAGAUUCCAGCAAAUCAGUGCAAACAAAUAA